GCGGGUUGGUUCGGAAAAUAGUGGGGAAUCUUAGCGCUUAUCGAUAGCUGCUGAAUGUUUGUUACCGUAAUAUUGACGGGAGUUGAAUGACGCGCAAGGUUGUCUACCAGGCUUGAAAAGGCCAAAAGCAAGAGACCCACAGAAAUAUGCCACACUCCAUCCGUUUUCCGUUCCCAUCUUUGCGAAUAGGCACCGACAUCUGCCAAGUCUCGCAUAUACAUAGAAUCCUCGCCGACCCCCACAGGGGCACUCGUUUCAUCCGGCGCGUCUUGACCCCAGAGGAGCGUGAUGCCGCUCGCGAACCGAUCGCCGACAUAUUGAGAGCCGCCGACCGUGUGGCGGAGCGGAAGAGUGCGUCGUUGAAGGAGCACGAAGUUGCCCAGGCUGUGACGAAGCAUGAAGAGCCCCAGGGCGCUGAAGAGGCCCGGGGUGUGACAGUCAAGGAGGAAAAGCGAAGCGAGAAACCCUGGGUCAAGCCAACGAUCCUGAAAGAAGCUGCUAUCUUCAUGGCUGGGAGGUUUGCAGCCAAAGAAGCAGUCAUCAAGGCACAUCCACACCUAUGCAUGGGGUAUAGGCACAUUGUCAUUAAAAACGAGACGUAUGCGUGGCGGCCAUCGAACAACUCACGUCCGGCCAGUGGCCCGCCCACAGCCUUGGUCAAGACUAGCGAGAUUCUGGGUGAAGACCAUCAAGACCAGGAGGCCAUACUAAGCAUCAGCCACGACGGCGACUAUGCGACUGCUGUUUGUAUGGGCUUCAACCAGGAAAAAAAAGAAUAUAGCAACUGAAGAGAUACGUCGUUGACGGAGGCGAGGCCAGCGGCGGCCAAAAUGGCAGGCGAGGCUGGAGAUGCUGGAGCUUUUGAGAAAGAUGAGAGGAAGCAUGGCCCAGGAACAAGCCAAAGAGAGCCAAGAAGGUGACCCGGAGACAAAGGAGGUGCACCCAUGAUGCGAGAGACGCGAAGCAUCAGCUUGUCAAUUUGGGUGACCUAAAAUAACCACACCAAGAACUGGAACCCGGCCACACAGUCUUAAAGAUCCUCGUCAGUUCGUGUCCAUCUAACACGGUAUUAGCAUAACCCAUGUAGCAAACGACUAUGUUGCAUACC